AUGCUUUCAAUCUCUUUUCUUAAUUUUUCUUCUUUAUAUGCUUCAAUUUUUUCUAAAAGCUUCAAUUUCUGUGUAUUUGGAAGUGAAGAAUGCCUAGGAGCAGAUGGGGAUGUAAAUUUUGUACCCCGACCUCUAAAGCGAAUUGUAAAGCUUUUAUUAUUUUGCUCAAUAGAUGGCAGUGUGACGUUUAGUGCUGAAACAUCGAGACCUUCUGAAAAUUGCUGCAGAGAGAACUGAGGCUUUGUUGGUGAUGGGAGAGCUGGCAUUGCUUCAAUAGAAGAAAAAUGCUUGCAUGGGAGUUUUAGGGUACAUAUGACACAACGACCUUGCUGAGGAAGUGUAGAACGGAGCUCACUUACUGCAAACUCAAAUUCUUUUUUGCGUAAUUCUUCAAGCGCCUUUUGGAGCUCUUGGCCUUUUUGAUUUAACGUUGCUUCGAUUGACUCUUCCAUAAAUAAAUAUUUUAGUGAAAUAUAA